AGGAGCUGAAUGAGAACUGCUGUCUGCAUCGCUCUGCCUGUGAGCUUCUGCUCUGGAGGAAUUUCAGCUCACUCUGCUGCAUCUUCACACAGACUUCUCACUGCCGGGACCAGUUCAACUGAUGCUGCUUAGGACAGUGUAAAACCAGGAAUUAUCAGAGUCCAGUUAUACAGUUUCCCCCCAUGGCGUCUGAAUCAUCUGUUGCCAAGAGGGCCAAUCUGGUGGCAUCCAGGGUCCACUGGAGCCACAUGGACCUUCCUGAGUCAGCUCAGGACCAUGAGGCUCAGGGCCUCAAAGGAAGUUCGAGAAAGGACAGUGUCAAGAAAUGGCUCACCACCACUGUCACUGAGGAAGAUGCAAAGCAAGCGCCACUGCAGGAAGCUGCAGAGCCUCUAAGGAGGAACCCCAGCUGUGACGAUGACCUGGCCCUGGGUGUAGAAGCGUCUUUAUAUGGUAACCAGGGAGUGAGGACAGUUCAGGAGUUUCUGCGGUGGAGCAGGUCAAGUCCAGCUCUCAGCAGGUGGAACAGCUUCAGCUCAGCAACUUCAGGUCACUCUGGACCACUCAGUGUGAUGGACAUACUCAACCUGUGGAAUGAUGACCCGGAAGAGGUUCUCUUGGACCUGGGCUUUGGCUGUGAUGAACCUGACCUCUCUGGACGCAUUCCAGCUCGAUUCAUCAAUCAUCAGUCUCAAGCGAGGGGAAUAAACCUCCAGGUGUUUCUGGAGGCCCAGAAGAACCGGCUGGACCUUGAGAAUCCAGAUGUCAGCAAUCGUUUUCGACAGCUCGAGGUUCUCCAGCAGGUAACUACAGCAUUCUCUUCCUUAAUGGGGUCAUCCUGCACCCCUCUCAGAGCACCACAUGGGAAAGACCUGCCUCCUGAGGCCUGGGAGAGGAGGAGGCGUAUGGGCAUGCUGUUCAGAAGAGCAUCAAAGAAGUCACUCAGCCAAAUCCACAACAAUAAAACGCACGACCCAGGUGCUACACCUGAGUCACUGCAAUCUCCACUUAGCCUUGGAGACAAGAAAUUCCCCUUGAAAAGAGUCAAACCUGGACUUCAGGAGAUUGUGUGUCUGAGUCCUCUGGCAGAGGAGCAAGGAGCUGGGCCAGACCCUCAGUCCAAGUCUGACGUGGCUUCUUUAAUAGCCAAGGAAGGAGCACACAGACCCUGGCCACUGAAGGAAGGUCACCCUGUGACAACCAGCACUUUUUCACAGAGAAAGAAGAGCCCAGGGAAGGCCAGGGAAUCAUUUGAAAUGGAAGAGAUCCACAGUUUUGAUGAAAGUAGUGUCACAGGGAGCUACAUAGGAGGAGCAGAACAUUUAGCACAGGGUGUAAUUCGGACCAACAGCUGCCAGUCAGACAGCAGUGGCUUUCUAGAAGAGCUCUUCAUUCCCUCUCUCUCUCAGCAGGCGUCACCAGGAUCUGAUCUCAUCAAGGCUCUGUCAGGCCUAUCAGGAGGGAGCACUGACAGCCAAAGCAGUGAGAAGCCAGGCCCCCGGUCUCAGUUUUCACCACCUCCCUUCUGCUCCUCAUCUCCUAUCUCUUCUGGUGUUGACAAAUCGCCGUGUCCUUCACCAGAGCCUUCUUUAGUUUUUUACCCACCCCUUCCUCCUGUCUUGUUGUGUUUCCCAAAAUCUGACAUGCAAAUUUCAGAGAUGGCGAAACUACCAGAUCAGGAUCCUCCUUGCUCUUCCUCACCCAAGAUACAGGACGUAACUCCCUUCCAGUAUCCAACUCUCCCUUCUGCUACCUCUCUUCCCCCUACAUCUUCCCCCAUACAGCCUGCCUCAUUGAGUAGAGGGUUAGAGGAUAUUAAAACUGAGGACGAGGAUCCUCCAUCCCCCUACCUCUCUAUACUUUCACAUGACUCUGAAGGUACAACAUGCUCUACCUUUUCCAAUGUCCCUCCUCCUGCCUCAUCUCCUUCUCCCACUCCAAAUUUGAAUGGUCAGUUUUCUGCCUCAAUGUCUAUGUCUUCUACACAGUCUGACUCCUCUUCUGGGAGUCCAGGGAACACACAGUCAGAACAGACUUAUUUACCUCCAACUACCCUUCCUGAUUUUCAUUGUCUAUCCUCUUUAUCUUCUCCUCCACUUAUUCAGUCCCUCUCACAGAGAGAAAACAAUCAAAAAGAUUCCUUUUUCCCAGACUCAAGUGGAUUAGGCCUCUCUGAUCCACUUGCCAAUGCAGAGAAAGAGGAAGAAACACCCUCCUCUUCAUGUUCUCAGUUGGACAAGGACAAUCCCUUAGUUCCACCCUCUCUUUUUCUGGACUCCUCUAAGUCUGAGAUGGGUUGUGCCACACUGCCCUGCCUAUUUCCUAAUCCUCCCAUUCCAGUUUGUCCAUCUGCCUUGUCAUCACAGUUGCAUGAUCCAGAUGUUCUUGUAGAUCCAGCUGUUGGCAGAAUUUCAGACCUGACAGAGCAGUCCAUCUCGCAACAGGACAGAUCGUGUUUUCAUGAAGAUGACAAAAGCCCUUCUUCAGCCUCUCCUGUCCAAGAUGUUAUACAUGUUAAGACGGAUCAGUUCUGUCUGGACUCAGAGGAUACCCUUCAGAGGAAUAGGAAGGGAGAGAUAGAGGGUGAGAGACAUACUGACACUGUCCAGACUCGAAUGGCUGUUGUUUACGACUCAGAUACAGAGAGUUCUGCGGGUCUGUCAGAAGGUUUUAGAUUAAUCUCUAAGGAAGAAUGUAACCAAACAGUAAUAGAUCCACAGGUCCUUUCCUGUGGUUUGCAUGAUGAGAUUUCAACUGAAACCAAACUGGAAGAGUUAAGAAAAGUCUGUCAGAUGAAAAUGAAUGACACAGAAAUUGAAUCACCUAGAGGUUCUUUAGUUUUACGUGAUGAAGUUCCAGAGGCACACAGCAGAACUAAAGUUGAACCAAAGGAUCUAAUUGAGAUUGACAGCUUAGAUCUGGUAUUUCAAUCCUCAGUGGAUGGCUCAGAAGGUGAAAACGGAGAUGUGGAUGCCUUUUUUCAGCAACUUGAUACUGAAGGGCGAGCCUAUUGGGCAGAACCCAUCCAGGUUUCCAGUGCAACUCCGGUGGAGUCAGGCAGCUUUGAAGCCUCAGAUGGAUCUCAUGGGAAUUCUCUCUUGCCUAGAGUCCCAGCUGCUCUAGAUUCAUUUUCAUCCAUGGGCCAAGCUAUCCCCUCAUCUUCAUCCUUAGCAUCAAUAAAUACUGACCAGACCUCUAGAAAUGCAACCGCCUCAUCAGAUACACCCUCCCCCUUGACUCUAACCACCUUUCCAUCCCCAUCUGCAACCCCAGACGUCAAACCAUCAAUCUGCUCUGUUUCUGUCCAGAUGUCUUCAUCUCCAUCUUCUCAUAUUAUCCACAGGAAGGAUAUUCCGUAUGUGACUGACUCAAAACACACCCUUCUCCCUAGUGUUCUCCCUUUGGACACUUCCACACCCUUUCGUGCUGUCCAGUCAUGGACAGACCUACAGAUUCAACGAAACACUCUCACCAAGAAGCUAUCAUACGAGGCUUUUAAUGCAGUCCCAAGCCAGGUGUCUGUAUCCAUGAGUGCCUUAGAAACAAUGCAUAGACCUACAGUGGUCUUCUCUUCAUCUCCAGUUUUCCCUCUGCUGUGUAAUGACCGGCAGCCACAGGACUGUCAUCCUGUGGUGGCUAGAAGCAACCGUACUGUGUCAGUCUCUGCCGAUAAAGGGCAGUGGUCAGAUGAGGAGGAAGAAGUGGACAGGAAUGGAAAUGAAGAUGAGGGGAAGCUUUGGGAGGGCAACCAGACAGCCACCAUGGAAUACCAAUGCUCCUGUGACCAUCAGUGUCACUGCUGUACUCAGAAGAGUUAUGAAAAGCGAUACCUUUUGGGAAACAUUCCUUACUCUCUGGAUGAGUUGGAGGAGAUGAUGCUGUGUCUGCAGCAGUUUUGCUCUGUGCUCAACAACAUGGAGGAGCAGCUAUCUGAAGACCAGGCUGCAGUUUACAGUGCUCUCUCUGACCAGGACAGGGAGAAGGUUCGGGACAUAGAGGAGCUGAGGCGAGCAGUGAAACAGGAGGUUGCAGAGCUGGAGAUGCAGUUGAAUGACCUAGCCCAUCACUACGAUGACAGCCUGAAAAUGAAGAUGCACAGACUGUUGGAUGAGCAGUCUCUGCUCUGCUCUCAACUAAGAGUCUUUCUACCUGGUGCGGCACCCACAUCAUUGAGCCCCGCCCCCAACAGGACAGUGGCCACUCAGUGCAGUCUGCUGCCCUGGAUCUCUCUGACUGAAGUGCAGAGUGGCCACAUCACCUGCAAUGUGGACUCCCCCAGACAGUCCCCUCCUGGAUCAGAGAGCAUCUGUGAGGGCCUUGGCUGUUCUCCCGCAAAGGCAGACAAGCUGGACAUAGUGGGCUUCCUCCAGAGAUUGAAGGAGUCCUUGCGUCAGUCUGUGAACACUGACUCGUUGGAAUAAAAAGUGUCGUGACGUUGAAGGAGACUGCAUCUGACUGAUGAGAGCCUGAAGUCUUCUGUUCACUAAAGGAUAUGCCUUAUUUUAUCAGAUUUACAGCUUAAGCUAUUCAUCACAUUUUGACCAAGGCUGAUACUAGAACCACUACAAGCUGCAUGCAAACUUUUGAGUGACUUUUUUUCUCAAACAACACUUUAUGGAUGGAAAACAAGACCUUAAACAAAGGCAAUUGUAACAACAUAGGUUAGGCUGUUUUUAAAUGAUUAAAAUGCAUAUUUACAAGGUAAAAUAUGUUAAUAUAAAUAUGAGUUAUUUAAUGAAGAUGUUUUUAUGCACAGAACUCUGCUUAGUGAAUACACAAUGGUUCAUAUGAAUAACAUCAUCAAAAUAGACCAUAGAACAGUGAAACGUUUUUGCUGUUUAUGUUCCAUGUGUUCUCCGUUCUCUUUAUUGUUUAAAAACACACCAAGGUUGUUGUGCUGCAGAGGAGGUUUGGAACAAUAGUUCCAACAAAGUACUGUGCACACUUGGAGGAUAUGCCAAUUGGCAGAGUACGAUCCCUCAUCAAGACUUCAAAAGGCUUUAGUUUGAUUGGCAGCAUCACAAGUGUUUUAUUUGUAGGAAACAAUUCAAGUCAAGUCAAGUCAAUUCAAUUUUAUUUGUAUAGUACCAAUUCAUAACAGAAGUUAUCACAGGACACUUUUCAAAUAGAGCAGGUCUAGACCGAACUCCUUAUAACAUAUUUACAGAGACCCAACAGUACCACCAUGAGCAAUCACUUGGCAGCGAUGGCAAGGAAAAACUUCCUUUUAAGAGGCAGAAACCUCGGACAGACCCCGGCUCUAGAUGGGUGGUCGUCUGCCUCGACCAGUUGGGGCGAGAGAUAGAGAGACAGAGAGAGACACAGAGAGACAGAGAACAGAGAGAGAGACACAAGGACAGAGACACAGCAAUAACAGUAGCAACAACUACUCUAAUAGCAGUGACUGAUGAUGAUGAACAUGAAGAAGACGACGACGACGACAACAACGAUGGGGGACAAUGAGCAGUGAUUAUAGUAAUAGUAUCUGUAGUAAACUGUACAAUGGUUCAACUGGACUGAAACGGAAAGGGCAGACAGAGACAAAGAUCUCUACAAUCUAACCACUGAGUAGACUGCAGAAGGCCCCCAAAAAACAGGUUAUUUUUCUCUCCUGUUAUGUAGCACUGUGGGGAUACUAACUGAAUCAGGGCUGUCCAAAGUGUGGUAUACGCAUUGGCUUGCCAUAAGCAGUGAUGGGAAUAACGGCGUUAUAAAUAACGGCGUUACUUUUUUCAGUAACGAGUAAUCUAAUUGAUUACUCUUCCCAUCUUAAUAACGCCGUUACCUUUACUGCCAAAAAAUGUGCCGCGUUACUAUAAUUGAAGCUGUUUUUUUCAUCAGACCAACUAGAUCUCUGAGCCAUGAGGCAAAUACUUUUUUUUACUGUUCUUCCUUGGUUAGUGGGCAGUGCACGAGAAAAGCACAUAAAUGCUGACAAUUGGCUGAGGUUGAGUAAAAUUUCAUGGUAAGCCAAUCAGAGGUAGAGUUUGGUGGGUGUUCGAAAGCACGCAGUCGGACACACAACGAACAACGCAAGCGAGUCAGUCAACGAGAGACAGGUAUGGCAAGCCCAAAUAAUCCAAAAGUAGCCUUCUUUAAAUGGAAGUAUAGCCAUUACUUUUCCCUCCAAGAAAUUAAAGGAACAAAUGUAAUCGUGAAAUGAACAUUAUGCCCUGGGCAAAGAGAUUUAUUUUUAUGGAGAUGUAUUUUUAUUUUUUAUGUAUUACCUGUUUGUGUUUGGAUUCGAUAUUUUAUGGAUAUACAUUGUACUUUUCAGUUAGAUUGAAAGCACCUCAUGUUGUUAAACUGUUACACUGAAAAUCUAGUGUAAAUCUGAAGGUUUCUUUUGUUUUAUUUGCACUACAAAGAGUGUAUAUAUUUGUUUUUAUUUUUGGUAUAGUGCUUAACAAGCAUAAUUUAAUUUUGCCCAGUUGUGGCCUGUUGAGGGGCAAUAAAUAUCAAAAGUUCCGAAA